AAGAGCAAAUCUAAAACAUUGCUGGUUCAGAUGGUGAGUGCAGCUGGCACAGGUUACUGUUUUAAUACGAAGAGGGGCCGAUUGAGAGACAAACUGGUUUUGCGAAAGCAUGACCCCAUAGGUGAGGUUAAGAGUUUAUGUCAUUGUAAGGAAAAUGGCAAACCACAAAUAUGAUGAUUACAUAAAAUUUAAAUUUCUAAUAAUUUCACAUCAGUUUCUAUUAAAAAAACAUUAAUGUUGUAUCACAGUGAUAGAAACCAUUUUAUUAAAAGAAACAUAAAAUUUGAAACCUUUGAAUUAAUAUUUGCAAUAAAUGUCAUUCUACAGUUGUUUUACAGAGAAUAUAGCUUUAAAACCCUGAGCAUGUCUGUCACAACAAACACUUAAUAUA